CUCGACACAUGUAUCCCGAGUGCGCGCUGCGCGAGGACUAUGCCCCGCUCACACUGAAGCACAGCCCGGAUCUGCAGUUUGACUGAGGACAUCACGGGAGAAGCUCGCGUUUUGGCGAAGGGAAUCUUACAGAAGAAAGUGUUGUGCGUGAGUUGGAGCUGGAGGAAUCCGCGGGCUCGGCCACGCUGCUUCACUGCGGCGCGUUUAAACAGGCUCCUGGAUCUGAAGGUAAAAGCAGAUCACAAGAAGCACAAAUCCUCAGACUUGUGUGUCUUUUUGCCUGUUCCACGCUGGAGAUGUGAGGAUUGGGGCGCUCCUGUCCGCUGAGCACAGUGUUCUUUUGUGGAGCGGUGCUGCAUUGCAGUUUCGAACUGUGAAAAAGCCGCUGUCCCAAAUGUGACUGGAAUAAAAAUAAGUUUCAGAUGACUUUAUAAAGUGAUAACCCGACAGCGGGACAGCACUGCGGUUUGGACAAAGCCACAGAAGAAAAGGACGCGGGUGGAUUAAUCACAGACUGGUGAAGUAGUUUCACAUUCUGUCUUUUCUCAGCGGGAUGUAUUUUUUAAUUCAUGUAUUGCACCAACGCGCUGGUAAAACAAAAGGAUUUCUAUUGUAGAACUUUAGAGGCACAAGUGAGUAUCCUGGAGAGGAGAGAGGAGGCUGCGGCGUAGAAGUCACGCUCAAGUCCGCGGUGUGAGGGACGGAUAAAAGUCACUCCGCCCACGCUGCAAGGUGCACACUCCACUGAGCACUACACCAGCCCGGGGUGUACUACAGCCACGAGGAGCCAUGCAGAGGCUUGGUGCAGUGCAUCCGCGCAGCCUCGUGCUGCUCGCGCUGCAGCUGCUGACUCAGCUGCCGCGUGCAGACUCAGCUCUCCGGUACCGAGUGGCGGAGGAGGGCCCCCCUGACGUCAAGAUUGGAAACGUGGCCGCAGACCUGGGCCUGACUGCAGGCACAGGGAGCGGGGACGUGACGUUCGCCCUGGAGAGUGGCUCUGAAUACUUCAAGAUAGACAAUGUGACAGGAGAGCUGACCACGGGCCAAAAGCGCAUAGACCGAGAGAAGCUGCCUCAGUGCCAGAUGAUCUUUGACGAGAACGAGUGUUUUCUGGACUUUGAGGUGUCAGUGAUUGGGCCCCUCCAGAGCUGGGUUGACCUUUUUGAGGGCAGAGUGGUCAUCACAGAUAUCAAUGACAACACCCCGUCCUUCCCCUCACCUGUGCUCCAGCUCUCUGUGGAGGAGAACCGGCCAAUAGGAACUCUGUACCUGCUGCCCACUGCCACAGACAGAGACUUUGGCAAAAAUGGCAUCGACAGAUACGAGCUCAUCCAGGACGGAGCCGCCGUCCCGACAUCAACCAGGCGCACCGUGGGAGGCACCACCAACACCCGUGUGGAAGGAGACAGGAGGGGCAGAAGCGGAGACACUGCUGGCCCCAGGAGCAGCGUGUUUGAGCUCCAGGUGGCAGAUAUACCAGACGGGGAGAAGCAACCACAGCUCAUAGUGAAGGGCACAUUGGACCGUGAACAAAAAGACUCAUAUGAACUUUACCUCCGUGUGAGAGAUGGAGGAAAUCCAGCCCGCUCCUCUCAAGCCCUGCUGCGGGUCUCCAUCACCGACGUCAACGACAACAGCCCACAGUUUGAGCGGGCUACGUACGAGGCCGAGAUGGCAGAGAACGCCCCUCCCGGCACACCUGUCCUUCAGGUGAGAGCCGCAGACCGAGACAUAGGCGUGAACGGCCAGGUGGAGUACGUAUUCGGCGCUGCCACCGAGUCCGUGCGGCGUCUGCUCCGUCUGGACGAAGCUACGGGUUGGCUCAGCGUGCUCCACCGCAUCGACAGAGAGGAAGUGGCCCAGCUGAGGUUCACGGUGACCGCACGGGACAGAGGUCAACCCCCACGCACCGACCGCACCACCGUAGUUCUAUCGGUCCGGGAUGAGAACGACAACGUGCCCAGCGUGGAAAUCAGGAAAAUUGGAAGAAUCCCGGUUCGAGAUGGAGCGGCUCUGGUCCCGGAGAACGUUCUCGUGGACACACCUGUGGCUCUGGUGCAGGUGUCGGACAGAGAUCAGGGGGAGAACGGGGCCGUGACGUGCACCGUGGUGGGGGACGUGCCUUUCACCCUAAAGCCAGCUGGAGAGACUGCCCUGCCACCUCUGCCCGCUGACGAGGCCUUUGACAGAAACAAGAAAAAGUACUUCUUGCACACUUCUGCCUUACUGGAUUAUGAGACGACCAAAGAGUACAGCGUUACCAUAGUAGCAGUUGAUUCUGGGAGCCCAAGUCUGUCCAGUAAUAGCUCGCUGAUGGUGCGAGUGGUUGAUAUUAACGACCACGCCCCGACGUUCGCCCAAAGUGUUGUAGAGGUCCACUUUGCUGAGAACAACUCGCCCGGAGAGAGGGUGCUUACAGUUGUAGCUUCGGAUGCAGACAGUGGCAAAAACGCAGAGAUCGCUUACUCUCUCGAUCCUGCCGGAAAUGGGCCGUUUUACAUCGAUCCUGACAAUGGAGAUAUCCGCGCAAACGGAAUUCUGGACAGGGAACAACGGGAAAGAUACGAACUUCGAGUAAUCGCCAAAGACAAGGGGACGCCUCCUCUGCAAGGGUCGGCUACUGUCGUGGUUCUGGUGACCGAUCGCAACGACAACGCCCCUAAGUUUGUCCAAGAGAUUUUUACUUUCUACGUCAAGGAGAAUCUUCUCGCUAACAGCCCGGUUGGCAUGGUGACGGUCACGGACGCAGACGAAGGGGAAAAUGCUGAACUGAGUCUGUUUGUGGAGCUGGAUGAGGAUGACCAGAAGUUAGCGGAGAAAGGAGACGGAGACGAGAAGGAACGCCAAGAAGUGUUUUCCAUCGAGAACAACACCGGGACCAUCUUUUCAUCCAAUUCGUUCGAUCGUGAAAAACUCGCCACGUACACCUUCAGGGUCAGGGCCGUCGACGGGGGAGAACCGCGUAGAACCGCCACCGCCACCGUGUCCUUAUUCGUGACCGAUGAGAACGACAACGCCCCUUCUGUCACAUCUCCUGCCAACGAGUCCUACACCCUCCUCCCUCCUGCCAGCAGCGCACGCACCAUCGUCAGAACAGUGACCGCCAUAGAUUCGGACACCGGCCCAAACGCGGACCUCCGCUACGCCCUGGUCGGGGGGAAUCCCUUCAGGCUGUUUGAGAUCGGACACACCAAUGGAGUCAUCACCCUGGCCGAGCCUCUGGAACGUCGACACAGAGGGCUGCACAGGCUGGUGGUCCGGGUUAACGACAGCGGGAUCCCCUCGCUCUGCGCCACUGCUCUGGUCCACGUGUUCAUCAAUGAGACACUGGCCAAUGCGACGCUGGUAGAUGCACAGGUGGCCAAGAGCUUGAUGGCGCCUCUGUCACUGGACAUUGCAGGGGACCCAGACAGCGAGCGCGCAUUAGGAAAGCAGCGGCUCAGCGUAGCUAUUGGCGUCCUGGCAGGGGCCGCAGCGGUCAUCCUGGUGAUCCUUCUUGUCGUCACGGCUCGCCAGUGCGGGGCUCAGGGUAAGAACGGCUACGAGGCAGGUAAGAAGGAGCCGGAGGAGGACUUUUUCAGCCCUCCCGGUACGCAGCCGCAGGGGGUCCGCGGCGGGGGAUCGGACCGCGGACGCAAACCUCGCCGGGACAAACGUAACGGCGGAGGAGGAGGGACGGCGGCCGGCGGGGGGAAGUCGGACCGGUCCAUGUACAGCGGCAUCGUCACCGUGAACGGGCUGAGACGCCACCCCAAUGACGAAGACGAGGAGGACAUGAGCAGCGCGAGCGAGCGGCUGGCGGCCCGGUACUGCGCCGUGGACGGGGACCCCGGAAGUCCUCGCAUGGGCGGAGGUAGGAGGCACCAGUCCAGUCCAGACCUCGCCCGACACUACAAAUCCAGCUCCCCUCUACCUGCGGUCAACCUGCAGCCGCACUCCCCGCCAGCUGAGGGCAAGAAACACCAGGCCGUCCAGGAGUUGCCCCCCUCCAACACGUUUGUGGGCAGUGGGGGGUGUGUGGGCAGCGCCGGCUCCAGCAGCAGCAGCAGCGGAGGCAGCGGCAAUGCAGAUGCUAUGUCCCUGGGGUCCGACCAGUGCUCCGAGUACGGCUGCCAGACUGGGAACAAGUACAGCAAACAGGGGACCCUCCGGCGGGUGACCUUCUCCGUGGUGAACCAGGCCCAAGAUGGCGGGUGCUACGACAGCGGCCUGGAGGACUCCGAGACGCCCAGCAGCAAGAGUUCAUCGGGGCCCAGACUGGGAGCGUUACCCCUGCCUGAGGAGGGCUACGAGCGGACCACUCCAGAGGGCAGCGUGGGUGAAGAGGAGCAUGUGGAGAACGAUGCCAGACAGCUGCCAGAUGUGGCCCUCACCGGGAAGUGCACCCGUGAGUGUGAUGAGUUCGGUCACUCAGACACCUGCUGGAUGCCCGUACGCUCCUCCCCUCGCCGACCGCGCCACGGCAGCGACCCCCCGCGGCUCUCCACCUUCGCACCGGGGGACGACAACAACAAUCUCCGCGGCAACAACCACCACGAGAGCGAUAGCGAGAGCAGCGCGGGCAGCUCGGAGCCCGGCGUGGUGGUCGGCGUAGAGGGCCAGAGGUUACCUUUGGCUAAUGGCGAUCCCCUCGGCACGCUAGGCAACAGAAACAUGGGCGACCACAACCGCAACCUCCUGAACCGCAAGAUGACGUCCGCCUCCUACGACACGUUUAGCAGCGCCGGCUUUGGCAGGCGCCAGCCGGGGGACGAGGAAGCCGGGGAGAGCCAGGAAGCGCCGGAGGUCAUACCCUUAACCCGAACAGGAGGGGACUACAAGACCACAUCCUGCCUCACCCUGUCCCGGAGAGAAGUGUACCUGUGACAAGCUGCCCGACCGACACAUCACCUGCAACUACCACUUUAGUGAAGAGCCAGUAUUAAGACAGUAAAGCUGUAAACACCUUCUGGAAGCCUCUUAAUGCUGUGAAAUGUCAGAGAUGAAAGCUUUUCAUGUAUCAAACUGAACCUUUUGGAUUCUAACCAAUAUUUAUAGGCACUUACACUUAAGCAGGAGGCAGAUGGACUGACAGGAGCUAAUUUUCUUAAGAAGAUUUUUUAACUACUGACUGCCUCUGGGCCAUGAUCCUAUCAACAUCUGUAGAGGUGGACAACUUCAUCUCUGUGUAUCUGAUUCCAGUGCAUGUCCGACCCUUUGAACAGGAGGGCUCCGAGUGAAGAACACAGACAGUGAGUAAUCCAAAAGCUAUAAACGCCUCUGACGAGACCACUAUGCCAGCUUUGGAUGAGCUCACCACCACCAAGGUCUUAUUAAGUAAAAAUAGAACACUUUGAUAGCAGUGUUAUGGGUGGGAUUCAUUACAAAAAACAAAAAAAAACCAACACAACAUAACUUUCUCAUGGCUAAUCAACCUUUAUUGCUACAAACUGGGAAAGUGAAACAAUCAGAGCCGCAACUCCCGUGAGAACAAUGUCUUAAGUACUGGAUGAAAAUAGCAACAAAGUGUUGGCGCUGUACAGUAACUACAGAAAAAAAUGUGCUGAUCCCGGAAAAAAUCAGGUAUCUUCGGAAAACGCAAAGGAUUCUGAAAAAAAAAACUGCUACAAUGUGAAUAGUUUUGUACCAUGAGCAAGGACACGAGGGUUUCAUAGUGUCAGCGCAGCGUUUGGUUUGUUUUUCUUUGGCCUGCUUGAUUGGUCAGUAUGUACAUAUGUGUGUAAUAGACCACAUACUCCACCGACUACACCGAAGUACUACGACAGUCACCAGUAGUACUCUUACGCCUACACAAACACAAGUACACACUUGAGCAUGCAAAUACAGUCAAAUAGUUCGUGUUAGAAUGCAAGUCCACACAUGAUAACUUCAAAGUGGAGCAUUUAACUUAAUAGAAAAAUACACCAACCGGGAAUAACAUUAUGACAAGCAGAUACGCUCUCAAACCCGGCACCUGUUUACGAGCGCUAUUUUUCGUGCAGGAAGUGGAAUUGUAGAUGCAGUAGAAAAAUAGUAAAAUGUUUUUGAGCUAAAAUUGACAACAGAGGUCAGAGCAUUUCCAUAACUGCCGCUCUUGAGUUUUGCAUGAUAUUUUACAGUCAGUAUCGAGCUAGCUUGUUAGUUAGCUGGCGGUAGGUGCGGUAGGUUGGUGGUUAGCAUUUAAACCACGGGUAUCGGCCGUAAUGUUACUCCUCGUCGCUGUAACUUCAGACGCAUUACGCAUACAGACAUGAAUACGUUAGCACAUAAGAGGAAACUGGACCCUCCCUUUGCUCACCUCAUGCGUGUAUGUGCCGUCAUACUCUGAACAUAUUGCCUAAUUAAAACUAACUCGAGCAUUUUUGCCUGCUACCCUCCAGCUAAUAUUUAAACUCGAAAUGUACUUAAAUAAUCGCUCAUCGUUCUGACUGAUAUGUAGGGCUUCAUUAAAGGGAAUUUCAAUGGCAUCUCUCUGUAUCCACACGGGAAUAUGCGCUACUCUGCAUACUGUAAGUAGGACUCAUAGAGAAACCAAAUCUAUUAAAAAAAAUAAAUAAAAAUGGACUCUUGCAUGAAGGAACAUUCUCCCUUUUUUACAACACUUUUUGGAUACCGUCCCAUGCCUUUCUUUUUUUGUUUUUUGUUUUUGGAUACACUGUAAGCUAUUACGGGGAUGGAGGUGAUGACUGCAGCCAUGGAGCCAAUCUUCAGUGGAUUCUUUAACUUUCCCAUCACCCCAAAGUGAGGAGGUUGCUACGGGCGAGAGAACACAAUGUUGUCAGCACAAAGUUGGAGCCGUGACCCUUUUUUUCAGCGGGCACGCCCAGACGGCUGCUCCUGACUCGUGGAGAUAACGCGCUCCUCCAGAUCUCGCCCUUCCCAGCAGCUACAGACACACUCUGCUGCACUGCACUGGUGAGUGGGUGUGGAUCCAGGCCAUACUAAUUCUCUUCAUCAGGAGUGCGAUAGGGGAUAAUAGGGUUAGGUCGUCCCCCUAGUUUUAACGAGUUUCAGUUUCUCCUCCGACUCCCCCCCUGAUCCCCUUAAAUGUGAGGGUAUGAAAAAGAGGAGCCAGAGCCAGUAAAAAAAAAGUGUGUCUCGUUUUGCAUUACCUGGUUGUUUUAGAUCAGGUGGUGUACGUGAGAAUUGACUUGGCACGCGCUGACGCAAAAAGACUCAGGAAACAUGAGCAAUGUUCUAAGACGGUAAAAGAAUAGCGGACAACAGGUGCGUAGAUAUAAUUCACUUUUGACUUAACCAGGAGCGUGAUUGACACCAAAAUACAAGGUCAAGGCGUACACUCGUCGCUUUAUACACACACAGAAGCUCAAAUGAUAUAGGUUUUGCAUUGUGCCCAGUCCCAGAAAAUUGGAUCUUUACCGCACCAGAUGGCUAAUCAUUUGCUUCUUUGGCCAUCUCUGAUAACGCGCCAAAGAAUCAACAAAACAAAAUGAUUAGUUUGUGAGUUUCUGGUUCUGACAAUAGGCAGAAAAUGGUCCAGACUGUUAUAUUUAGGUCAAAGAAAGAGUUUCAAAUGUGUCCGCUAUCCUUCUACUGUCUUCAUGUUUAGGCUACUACUGUAAAUUGUAAUAUUUGGCAUUAUUACUGCCACAAACUCUUGCUGCUUGGUCCCUGUACACUGGAAGGCAACUCGGAACAACGUAGAAUAGGAUUUUCCCUACGCCUGGUUACGCUCUAUACAUGAGCUUACAUUGUAUAUACCUUAAGAACACACGCACUCCACUGAUGACUCCUCCUGUAGCUCCAAAAAAAAAGACCCGCCCCCUCACUUUCCAACGCGGCUGCUUACCGAGCACUCUCAACUUGACGGACUCUCAGAAGAAAUCGGCAGUAAACAAUCAGUAACAACGUAGCAGGGUAGAUAUACGGAUGGACGGUGACGCGCAGGAUCCACGGGAAAGAUCUUCGGAGAAAACUAAAACAACGUCAGUUUGGGAAUAGACUCAAGCCCCCCUCGACGCAGCCCUGCCUCUUGAAAAGAAGUGGCAGAGAUCAGACUUCAUAUUCUGCUGUUUUAUGGCAGUUCAUUACAGCACCUUUCGACCACUCCUCAAACAGAACUCCUGUAUAUGAAUCUGUGUGGGCGUGUGUACUUUUUUUUAUACUUGCACGUUUAAAUAUGUUUGGGUCUACUACUGCAAAACAAAAAGGGGAGACAGACGGUGAACACCAGUAUGUACCAUGCACUAAUCAAGACUACUUUUUUAAUAGGACACUUGGAGGACAUGGUGAGCCUGUCAUCCCCCCUUAUAAACGCUGUUAUUAACUAAUAGCCAUGUACAGAUUUAAAACUACACUGUAGAAACCAGGCAUAUGGAACCAGAACAAGACUAUGGCAUGCUUACAAAAUCUGCACUUGAGAAAAUGGUUGAAAAAAUUGUUUGUUUUAUACAAGGCUGGCUGAGAUUUUCUUUGUUUUUUUUUUAUAAUUUAAUUUUUAAUUUUGCUGAAUCUUUCCCGUAUUUACAUUACGAACUAAUUGCAUUUGCUAUGACAAGAAGGACGAGAUCUUGGUGAAUGGUUUGGUAUGACGAUGACUGUAAAAGUUUGACAUUAAAAACUGCAAACAUAUCUGUGUCUGGCAAGUUUUUAAAGCGAGGACAUGCUCAUUUGU